CCAACGCCACGAUUCAAACUUCUCAAACGCAGAGUGUGAAGUCGUGAAUUUUUCGUCGCGUAAACGUAUCGUCUACUGUAAUUCGUUUUCGGGUCAAAUAAUGAAUGUGAAUAAUCGAUUAAAUCGAACGGAAUGGGUCAGUGUGAAGAGUGGCAGCGUCGGUGAAACUGCGCACACCCAUAUUUCCAAACUCUUGCACUGUUUACAAACCGACAGGGUGCGCAGCAAAAACAACCUUACUUGAUUGGAAUUAAGUUCGAUAGUGCAAUGUCAUGGGCGACUUCCGUGUGAUGGGAGCCAGCAGGAUUCAUUUCAUACUGUUGUGCACGAUGUUCAGGGUUGUGAUUAGUACCGGAUUAGGGAGAUGCCCAAUCUACCCACAGCUCCCAGAUUACGAUAUAACACGUAUGACGGGCACGUGGUACGAAGUGGAGCGCUCGUUCCACCUGAUGGAGAUAGCCGCGAGCUGCACGGAACUAGAUGUGAUGCUCAAUGAUAGAGGAUAUCUGAUCAUCACCGUCAACACUAUCAACAGAUGGACAGGUAGCCACAGCACGAGCCACGGGCUUGGCAUCCCGAGUCACGAGGGCUCGUCCUCGUUCCGCUACAAGCUCAACAACCGCAUGCCGUACAUCAUAGGGCGCCUGCUGCCCGGCGCCGGACAGUACAACGUGCUGUUUACCGACUACGACAACUUCGCCAUACUGUGGUCCUGCACCAACUUUAGUGUCGCGCAUUCCGAUCGCAUGUGGGUGCUGGGCCGGCAGCGCGACAUGGAGGCGGCGCUGCGCGCGCAGGUGUACGGCAUCCUGCAGGCGCUGCGGCUGGACCCCGACCGCCUCAUCCUGGCCAAGAACCACAACUGCAGCGUCACCGACACCGAGCUCUACUCGCAGCUCGAACAAACGACUGAAAUAAACUAACUUUUUAUUUAUUCACAAA